AAAUAGAAAAUUAAAAAAAAAAAAACUAGAAAAAAGUGCGAAAAUAAAAUUUAAAAAAUUUUGCAAAUUUUUGGCGGCAGUUUUUGGUGGUUUCUUCAAUUGGUUGAGCGCACCCUGUUUGCAGGUAUUGGCCAGCUGGAAUACCAUUAAUCUGCGGGAAUGCGUUUAAUUUGCAGCUUCAUCAAAUUGCUGGCGCUGCUGCAGCUGCUGGCUCCCUGUCAGAGUGGACACGUGCAGGAGGCGAAGCGUCACCUACGCGCCGAGCUGCGCGACGUCUUGGGCCAUCCCAGCUACCAGGGCAGCCAUUGGCACAGUGGGCAUCGGGUGCACAGGCUGCGCAUGCCACACGCCCAUCAGAGAUGGACUGGCCGACGGCGCUCGAUCAAUCAUCAUCAUCCCUUCAGCCGCUGGUCGCAGUGGACAACGUGCGACGAGGAUUGCAUCAGGCGGCGGGAACGCUUCUGCAAGGCCAAGCGUAAAUGUGGACACACGAAGCACGUGGAGCAGCACAAGUGCUUGCAUUGUCAUCCGGCAGUUAAAUGGCAUUCAACAAGCAAUGUGCCGCAGCCCAAUUUUCCACCACAUUAUCCCAAUCCGCCACCAAUUAUUAUAAAUGCUGCAGCAGCUGCAGCGGGUGGAUCAUCCUAUCAGCCGCAUCCGACUGCCACAUAUGCCCCACCACAGCCUGAACCACACCCGCAGCCACAGCCCCCGUCGUAUUUCGAGCCACAUCCUCAGCCACAGCCUCAUCCCCAUCCACAUCCUCCUCGGCAUCCCCCUCGACAACCCCUACCUGAUCCCUAUCCCACUUCGGAUGAGGAGUCUGUUGAGGUAGUGCAUCGAAAGCCACCGAAUUGGCCAUCAAUUGAAUCCAGCACAGAGGAGCAGGAGGAGGAAGAUGAAGCGCAGCCGCCUUUCCAAGACGAUGAGGGCGACUUUUUUGUGCUGAAGCGACACCGACGCAGACAGAAGCCAAGGCACAGCUCGCGGCAUAGCUCGGAGCAAAAUUCCAGGCAGAGGAACAGGCAAAAGCCAAGACUCGAUUACAUUGAUCACAACUCUAGGCAGAGGCAUAGACAAAGGCCCAGAGUCGACUACACUGAGGACGAUUCCAGGCAGAGGCAUCGACAAAAACCCAGAUUCGAUGACAUUGAUGACGACUUUGAGGAUUACCUAGAAGGCAAAUCGUUAAAUAUUGGACAACGAUCCUUGGGUAGCGUUGAAAAUGGUGGACUAGAGGGCGAUAUAUUCCAGUAUGAGGAUUUCGAUUUCGAGCCAGAGGCUCAAUACCCAGACUCGGAAGAGUUUACAGAUGCGCGGAAUAUUAGCUGGCUACCUCCUGGAAAGGAGCGGAACACGCCAGAAGGAUUAAUGCCACGUCAUAGACGCGUCUACUCCAAGUGGAGUCGCUGGACCAAAUGCUCGCCAAAGUGCACCACGAGGCGCUAUAAAAAGUGUCGCAUUAGCGAGCAGUGCGGUCGGGAGGUGCUGCGGGAGAUCGCCUACUGCUACACGGAGAACAGCUUCUGCCAGCAGUGGCUGCAGGCCCAAGUCCAGAAGAUGCCCGCCUAUGAGUCCCGACCUGGUCCAGUGACAGCCAUGCGGCGCAUGCACACGGAGUCGGGCUCCGGAGCACUGAGUCGAAACGAUGUUAGUGUCAUCAUGAGCGGCAGGGGCUACCGAGGACCGGAGUACACUCCUCUGAAGCUGCAAUGUGGCUUGGUGCGCACUGGCCACCGCAACAUGUACAACCUGCUGAAAAUCAUUGGCGGCAAGGCGGCACGCAAGGGCGAGUGGCCCUGGCAGGUGGCAAUCUUCAAUCGGUUCAAGGAGGCCUUUUGCGGCGGCACCUUGAUCGCGCCGCUCUGGGUCCUGACCGCCGCGCACUGUGUGCGCAAGGUGCUCUACGUGCGCUUCGGCGAGCACAAUCUGGACUAUGAGGAUGGCACCGAGGUGCAGCUGCGAGUGCUCAAGAGCUACAAGCAUCCGAGCUUCGACAAGCGUACCGUGGACAGCGAUGUGGCUCUGUUGCGUCUGCCCAGGCCCGUUAAUGCCACCAGCUGGAUUGGCUACUCCUGCCUGCCGCGUCCUUAUCAGCCGCUGCCCAAGAACGUGGACUGCACGGUCAUUGGCUGGGGCAAGAGACGCAACCGCGACGUGGUGGGCACCAGCGUGCUGCACCAAGCAGAUGUGCCCAUUAUACCCAUGGAGAACUGUCGCAGCGUCUAUCAUGACUAUACCAUAACUAAGAACAUGUUCUGUGCCGGUCAUCGCCGUGGUCGCAUCGACACCUGUGCAGGUGACUCGGGCGGUCCGCUGCUGUGUCGCGACUCUACUAAACCGAAUCAUCCCUGGACCAUCUUUGGCAUCACUUCGUUUGGCGAUGGCUGCGCCAAGCGCAACAAAUUCGGCAUCUACGCCAAGGUGCCCAACUACGUGGACUGGGUCUGGUCGGUGGUCAACUGCAAUGGUAACUGCAAGUUGCACUAGAUUAGAGGGAUAGAUAUAGUAGUUAUAUUUAUUUAGCCCGUAAGUCGUUAUGUUUCAGAGGCUGUGAGAUACUUGUUUACUUUUAAGCCCAACAGCUGGGCCCACUCAUUCUGUAAAUACAAAUAGGCACUCUUCUAA